AUGCUUUCACUUACCUUAAAUAAGUUGUUAUUUAAAAUCGAGCCUCAGUCUUUUUAUUCAUUGUUCAAUGGCAAAAUAAAGCUUUCUUUAAAACGAAAAUUUAUACUAAGAAUGAAUAUCGACCCUGUUUCAGUUCCCAAUAUUCAGAUAUAUUUCAAAGUUGUAUGUAUGCAAUUCGAUUGGAUUCUGUUGGACCAACUCCGGGAUGCAGCAUUACACUCACUGGAAAGGAUUACUCAUAACAAAGAUGGAUGGAGAAUACUGGUAGGUGGCCCAUACUCCUCCACGAGGGACAACAGGCGUAUAGCCAAAUCCAUCUCAAUAAAUUUAAUGAUGAUGAUUAUAAAACGGAAUAUUAAUAUGGGAUACAAAGAAACUAUAUCCGUUGAUAAAGAUUAA